GUCUCCGGCCCGGGCCCCCAGGCCCUCCCGCGAUCCCGAUGAAAAAUCGGGUCCGCGCGCCCAUGGCGGUGGCGAUGCCGUGCAAGAGCGCCGAGUGGCUGCAGGAGGAGCUGGAGUCAGGCGGCGGCGCGUCGCUGCUGCUGCUGGACUGCCGGCCGCACGAGCUCUUUGAGUCGUCCCACAUCGAGACGGCCAUCAACCUGGCCAUCCCCGGCCUCAUGCUGCGCCGCCUCAAGAAGGGCAACCUGCCCAUCCGCUCCAUCAUCCCCAACCACGAGGACAAGGAGCGCUUCGCCAAGCGCUGCAAGGCAGCCACGGUGCUGCUCUACGACGAGGCCACGGCCGACUGGCAGGCGGAGCCCGGCGCGCCCAGCUCCGUGCUCGGCCUCCUGCUGCAGAAGCUGCGCGACGACGGCUGCCAGGCCUAUUACCUCAAAGGUGGCUUCAACAAGUUUCAGACUGAGUACUCGGAGCACUGUGAGACCAGCUUGGAUACUUCCUCUCCCAGCAACUCUCCCCCGGCCUCCGUCCUGGGCCUGGGCGGCCUUCGAAUCAGCUCCGACUGCUCGGACGGAGAGUCCGACCGAGAGCCCGGCAGCGCCACCGAGUCAGACGGCAGCCCCCUCCCCUCCAACCAGCCGGCCUUCCCCGUCCAGAUCCUGCCCUACUUGUAUCUGGGUUGUGCCAAGGACUCCACCAACCUGGAUGUCCUGGGGAAGUAUGGGAUCAAGUACAUCCUGAAUGUGACACCUAACUUGCCCAACAUGUUUGAGCACGGAGGGGAGUUCAAGUACAAACAGAUCCCCAUCUCCGAUCACUGGAGUCAGAAUCUCUCCCAGUUCUUUCCUGAGGCCAUCACAUUCAUUGAUGAGGCUCGCUCCAACAAGUGCGGGAUCCUGGUGCACUGUCUGGCGGGCAUCAGCCGCUCCGUCACCGUCACCGUGGCUUACCUGAUGCAGAAACUGAACCUGUCUCUGAAUGAUGCCUAUGACUUUGUAAAGAGGAAAAAGUCCAACAUCUCUCCAAAUUUCAAUUUCAUGGGGCAGCUGCUGGACUUUGAGAGGACCCUGGGCCUCAGCAGUCCCUGUGACAAUCGCGUCCCUAGCGAGCAGCUGUACUUUACAACACCCACCAAUCACAACCUUUUCCAGCUCAACACUCUUGAGUCUACAUGAGGCCGGGGCCCCCGUGGGUGGGGGGCGAGCAUUUGGAUUCUUGCAAAGGAACUGGAGCUUCAAGCAUUUCACAAAACAAAACACACCACGUAAUGUGGGCCGCUGGUGAAAAUCGCCUGUGGGCCCCUUCCUCUACGGGCCACAACCCUAAGAGGACUUGCUUCCCCUAAGCCACGGAAGAUCUGUUUGCUGCUUUUCAAGAUGGAAGAGAAAAUAUUCUGAGUCGGGAGCUGCUUUGAGCAUCCUGAUUUGUGGUGGUGAUUUCGGAGGGCAGUCGCCCCAGGUGCCUUCUGCCCCCUCUUCCGUCGUUGGCAGCCUCUGCAGUGGGGAAGCCUGGACACGUACCUGUAUCAGCCGGCAAACUGGGAGGUGCCAGCACCCUUGGGAACCUUCCCGAAGAGCCCCGAGAUCAUGGUGGCAUUUGUUUCUUUAUCUUUUUUUUUUUUUUUUAAGAUACAAGCUUGAAUUUACUCUUGUCAUGGGGGAGGGGGGCAGGUAAAGCCAAGCUCUCUGGAGUACAGAGCGUUCAAACUCGUUUUAAAAGAAAAAAAAAGGCAUGUAAUUUUCUGACCAUGUGUACAGACAAUGGUGGGCUGUGGAAAAACCAGUGUUUUCUCCUGUUCCUCUUUGAAGAAGAGAGAGAGAGAAAGAAGAUUGUUCUCAGUUUUUGUUUAGUGUUUUUUUAAAGGAGAAAAUAUCCAAUGUCUCAAUUGACCAAAUGCAUUUUGCACAUUUGUGAAGCCUUGGGGUAUUGUCCUGGCAUGUUUGGGUCCUUCUUUGAGAGGGUGCUCAGCUGCUGGCUUUUAAGAGGAAGGGAUGAGGGUCAGAAAGGCCGAUGCCCAUUUGUAAAUCUCUUCCCUUCUUCUUCCUUUGACUUCUCCUUCCCCACCACCCCCAACUCUGCACUGAAUUGAUGGAGAUGACGCUUAAGCUGCAAUUGCUUCUGGGUUAUCUUCGGGUUUGGGGGUUUGUAAAUCUGCCUCCUUUCCUUGCUCAUUCUUCAAAGACAUCCUACCUGGAAGGGCCAAGGACAGAGUUAUGGUGUUGGGCAGUGGAUCCAGGGAGGGUGCUAGCCCUCUGGUCUGACCUAGUAUCCUGUGCUGGGAACACUGCCAUUGAGGACCUGACAUUAACUCACUACCUUUUGGUUUAGCCUGAGUGGGGGGCUGGGGCAUCUAAAUCGGGGCAUAGGCUUGGGAAUCGGGGUGGGGUGAGGGGUCUGUUCUGACCCCUCUUUACUUCUGGAGUUUCUCUCUUCUUACACCUCUGUCAAUUUCCUCAAACCGGCAACAUCCGGAACUCAGGCCCACUCCCAGUAUCCGGCUGGAGUAACCCCUGUCCUGCCGUGCCUUCUGCAAAGAGAAGACUUGUUUCUGUUUCUGCCUGGUGUCAAGAAAAUGGAGAGGGGCCAGGGGAGGCAGCUAGAGGAGUGGGAGGAAAGGACAGUGAUAUC